CCCUGUCCGUUUCUUUCUUUCGCACGCGACUUUCUAACUGCAGCCGUCGUCGCGACUCCGGCAGUUAUAGGGAAAGGGAUUAGGUUUGUAAUUACAUAGAAUGGCCAAUUGGGCAUAAUUGAGUUGAUUAAAGGCGGGGCAGCCAAUUACGGAACUUCAAGCCUCUAUUAGCCAAGAAGGAGCCUAAGCAAAAUCAACGCGCCAUUGUAAAAUUAGCUUAAAAUAAAAAGCCACCGCCACGGCACCAACGCGCGCGCAUAUCAUCGUGAGGCAGCCGAUUGCUCUGAACAAGCGGAGCGGCGCCUUUUCGUGAAAGGAUCAACAGCCCUGGAAAAGAGUUCAUUCUGUCGACGGCAGUGCCUGCUUCUGUCUAAGCGUUGGUUAACCCUUGAUUUUUACGGGGAGAUAGAGAGUGAGAGAGCAGUACAAACAACAGUUGCGCGCACUCCUGACCAAGUACUUGGGCGCAAUCGAGAAUGUCGUCCAAGAGGAAGAGCUCCACGACCAAGAGCAAAGCCAAGAGCAAGUCGCGUAAGGUCGAGUACGACGACGAGGAUAUCUCGAGCGAGCACGAUUCUGAAGUCGAGGACGAGCAGCAUCAGGAGAACGCCGACGGUGAGGAUACUACCGAGGAGGAUUUGGCCGAUCUCGCAAGCAUACCCGAGCUCCCCGCACCCGAGGGAGGAUGGGGCAAGCUAGGAACUUUGCUCAUGUGUGGGCUUACCAACUGGGAUAUAGCUGGGCGUAAAGCGCCUCCAAAAGGUUCUAAGGUAAAUAUUGGUCGCAGCUUGUGGAUUCCUCAUACUUUCAAGAACUUGAAUGGAGCUAGAGUCAGAUUAGUGGCUUCGGGUCCUGCUGCUUCUCAUAGUGUGAUUGUUACUGAAGACGAUAGAUGCUUAGUAUUUGGUAGAAAUGAUAAAGGUCAAUUAGGAGUCGGUGAUACAAAACGUCGAGAUGAACCAACAGAAGUUGAAUCGUUGAAAGGUCAUACGGUUAUAGCAGCAGCUUGUGGACGUGGUCAUACUCUAUUUCUGACUAGUCGUGGUAUUGUUUAUGGUGCUGGUGAUAAUAAAUUGGGUCAAUGUGGAGUUGGAAAAACUGAUGCUAUGAUUCUCACAGCAACUAAAGUAAAGUAUGCCGGUGCUCCUAUUGUGAAAGUUGGCUGUGGAGCUGAAUUUUCUAUGAUUUUGGAUGUUAAAGGUGGCUUACAUUCUUUUGGAAGUCCGGAAUAUGGUGCUUUAGGCCACAAUACAGAUGGCAAAUAUUUUAUAACCAGUACAAAAUUAGCUUUUCAUUUUGAAAAGGCUCCCAAGCGAAUUGUUAUUUACGUCGAGAGAACCAAGGAUGGACACAUAACGCCUCUAGACGGUGUAGAAAUCACGGACUUUAGUUGUGGUUAUCAUCACACUGUGGCUAUAGAUAGUAAAAAUCGUGCAUUUUCAUGGGGCUUUGGCGGUUUUGGACGUCUCGGUCACAACGAGCAACGCGAUGAACUCGUACCAAGACUUAUCAAGUUUUUGGAGCCACCGAAUCGCGGAGUCAAAGCAGUAUUUUGCGGCAGCACAUUUAGUCUCGUUUUAAAUGUACAUGGAAGCGUGCUGUUGUUCGGUCAAUCGAAACGCACCGGUGAGGCCAAUAUGUAUCCGAAACCUAUACAAGAUUUAUCAGGAUGGGACAUAAGAUGCGUCGCAUGUUCGCAAACAAGUGUUGUUGUAGCUGCAGAUGAUUCCGUUAUUGCUUGGGGAUGCAGUCCCACAUUUGGCGAAUUAGGUUUUGGCGAAAUGCGAAAAUCUUCAACUGUUCCAAUGGAGGUGAAAGCUUUAGAAGGAUUAUAUAUCACAGCUGUAACAUGUGGACUCUCUCACACUUUGAUGGUCUGUCGGGAUGAAUCGGAAGAAGAAAAGACAAAAAUUGAAAAACUCCAAUCAUAUUCAGUUUAAUGUUAAGAAACAACGAAAACUCAUUUUAUUGAAAUAUUUAUAUUCUCAAAGUUUUUGCACUGUUCAAAAGGGAAUUGAUGGAUCCGAGUUUGGAUUCUUUUAUAAUCCGUCAUGAAAAAGUAGUUCUUUUAAUUUUAUUGUAAGUCACGCUUUUACGACGUUCUGAUAUGACGUAAUUUCGCGUUUGAACCAAUAAUUUUAGAUGGGUUCGAAGCUAUUAGAGUCGCGGUGUAAAUCAAUAACAUGUAAUACUGAAUAAUUUAUUCAAUGUAUCCAAAAAAAAAAAAAAAAA